UUUCUAACUACUUUGCACAUAUAAACUUUCAUAAUUAAUAUCCUUUCUUUUUCUUUUGUGCAUCAAUUUUAAUCUUCUCCAUGGAAAAACAGCUUAGAAACCAUAAUUUUACAUGCAUAGCAAAUUCAAACCAACCAAAUUCCCUAGCUAUGCACACAAAUUCUCAUACAAUAUCAAAAAUCAAACCAAAGAUACGUAUAAUUCACAUAUUUGCACCCGAGAUCAUCAAGACGGAUACCAAGAAUUUUAAGCAACUUGUACAGAAGUUAACUGGGAAACCAAGUGGAGACAAAAAAUAUUGCAAGAAGAAGACAAGGGUAGUUAAAGUUGAAGUUGAAGAAUCAAAAAAUGAAGGAAUUAGAGAAGAAGAAUCAAAGGGUACAAGUAGUGGAAGUGGUUUAUCAUUAGAUGAAUUUCCAAGAAUGAUGACAAUUAUGAAAAAUGAGGUAAGCAAUGGUGGGUUUUGGGGGUUGGAUCUAACUAAAGUGAAAGAAGAAGUAGGUGGUGGAGGGUACUUAGGAGGAUUUUCUGAUUUGGAAGGGUUUAUUUCUGAGAUUAAUGGUGGAUUUCCUUUGUUUCAUUUGGAUCAUGCCACUAACAAUAUGCAAGAGUUUGAACAAUUUCAACUUCUAUAGGAUGUAAAUAUAUUAAUAAAUUUAUAGAUAUAAAUGUAUGCCUCUAGAUAAUAUAGAUCUUUUUUUUUUUUUAAUUUUUUUUUAUCACACACAUAUAUAUAUAGCUAAUGUUUGUUUGAUUAUGAAAUGUUUUGGUUUUCUUAUGUAUAUA